GCGGAUUCAAUUCAGCCAUGAAAUUCUUACCACUAUGGAUUAUACUUGCUAUAUACCUGACGCAUGCAUCUGCAUCUUUUGAAACACAAAGUGGUGACUGCUCGAUUGGGAACUAUCUCCUGGUUAGUCGGGAACAUCAUUACCCAAACUGUCCAUUACUGUUGCGGUUAAACACCCCAUGGCCUGUUAACUCUCAUGAACUUUGUUUCUCAAAAGCCUGCGAGCUACAAGGGAAUGUGGUUCAUCAUAGACGGAACAGGCAUUGCUUUAUCUAUAGAUGUCCAUCAAAUGCAGCUGGCACUGACUGGGACUACAAAUGGAGACGACGAGGUGAGUGGGGAGUUGUAUAUGCUAAACCCCAUCCAUAUACUCCUAGAUGCUAUAACUCAUAUUUCAUGCGGCGAACAUGGAAUAGGUGGCGAAGUGUAAGAUCAAAUUGUUUUAUAAUGGGAGCCAAUGCUCCUGUUACGAAUCAACAGGCAUGCAUGAGAUUUGGAUGCGACCAGAAUGCAAAUGUUUUUGACUAUUUCCUGAAUAACAGAGGCUGUAUAGUAUACCACUGCAAGUGGAACUCCAGAACGGGUGACUAUUUUUUCCACUUUUCCCAAACAGAUGAACAAGUUGAGACCUACAGUCUCUCCCAUACGGAACAAUGUAACGUUACCUUUCCAUCAAUCCCAAUUCCAUCACCAUUCAGUUAUUCAAACUCUUGCCCAAUGACUGGAGUUUUCCCCUCUGAAGAUCACCAACUGUCUGACAUCCUUUGUCUCUCUGGCUCGAACAGUUUCAUGGAGACAUCAAUGGACAAUGCAUUAAGGAGCUACAGGUGCUUGAGUAACAGUGAAGGCACAGAGUGGGGUUUGUACAACCAAAACACUUGUUUCCCUCGAUAUGACCUGAACAAUAGUAGCCCUGAUAAUAACAUUACCAGCAUGUUUGUUCUUCCCUUUCCUGGGACACCAAAUUGCAAGGGAUCACAGUUUGUCCUUACAAGGCUGAAACAGCACUGUGUCAUGUCUAUGUGUGAUGCUAUAGCAAGAAAAUCUGUAGUUGACCUCAGAGAAUGCAUGAAAGAAGCAUGCACAAAUGGUGCCAAUGUCAUUAACUAUAUCACUAACACUUCAUAUGAUUCAAGUUCUUUAUGUGAUAUGAGAAUAUGUAACAAGAGUAGUGAAAUCACCAAUGGGGAGUAUGUAAACAUGUAUGAACUCUGGUUAGGUGAUGCUUUUAUCAAUAAUGGGCUAGGAUUUGAUGUUUAUAUAUUGUAUUAUGAUACCAACUCGUCCUCCUCAACUAAGACGCCAACACUGACAUCAAUGACAACGCCAAAGGCUACAACAACAUCAAUAUAUCCAACAACAACCCUGUCAAAACUGACCACUGAACAGACAAUGACUUCCACUAUUGAAAACAUAACUGAGAUCCCUGAAGCUUCCACAAACUCUCAAGAAAACAGAGAAGUCCUGAGAUACCAGCAACAGAAUCACAGGUUGAGAAUUGCCACUAUCGUACUUGGGAAUCUACUGCUUCUUUCUCUUGUUGGAAUCGCAAUCAUCUUUAUUGUGCUUAGGUUGCGACGAAGGAAGUUAAAUGAGCCAAAUGUGACAUUUGAAAAUGCUCCAUCAAAUUCCAACAUCGAUGACAACUCAGCAGAUAUUAAUGCCACAGAAGGUGAGACAUCUAUCCAUAAAAGGCCAAGGGAACAUGGACGUAACUUUUACAAAUAUGAUAAUGAUAAAACUGCACCUGAUGAGAGAGUAACAAAUGAACACACAAUGGGAGAAAAGGGGCAUGGUCACCAUGAUGACAUCUCCCAUAUUGAGCCAAUCCCAAGAAUCCCAAUCCUUGCCACCACAAAGACGGGGAAACAUAAUCCAAAGGGCAAGACACGUAAAGAUGACACAUUUGAAAAUCAAGAAAAACAUGAUCUUAAAGGCCCUUACUCUUACGACAAUGAGCUGAAUGUACAAAAUACAAAGCAAGAUGACACCUAUGAAAACCAAGCCAUGGGCCUAGAUGAAGACGAUGUAUAUUCCAUAAUACCAGCAGAUGAAAAGAAGACAAAAGGGACAGAUGAUGAUGGCUAUGAAGGGCUGCGAAAGAAUGCAGCAGGUCCUACUAAGAAAUAUCAGAUUAACACACAUAUGGGCCUAGCAAAUAAGCCUGCAGAUGCUGCGAUUUCUGGGCAUGAUCCGAUGAAUCCAAUUGCCCAAGAUAAGCCUCAGAACAUGAAAAGGUUGAGGAAAGUGAAACCUAAUAUCCCAAUGCGCCCUAGUUUAGGCAAAGACUAUUGACUUGAUUGUAAGCUAAAUGCUUUAACAUGAAGGUAGUAAAUCAUGACAUUAAUAGAAACAAUACAACAUUAUUUCAUCUGAACAUUUAAAUUCUGAUGAGUGGAGGGUUGUAGUAAUAUCCAUGCUAUUGUAAUGGAGUCACUGGAAAAAUGCCAAGGCGGGCAAGAUAUCUAUUAUGCCCCUUCUUAAUCAAUCUUUUGAGUGUGCUACAAUGUAGUACAUACAUUUUUAGAACUUUUGAUUUUUCUAGAAACUCGAACGACUUCCUUCCAGCUAUACACCAAACGAAAAAGCAUUUUUCAAAAUGGCCACCUCCUUGCCAAAAUGUCAUAAGACAGUGUGCCAUACUUAUGAGUAUUCACAUAUCAAAUAUGAACAAAUCGCUCUAUUA